AUGGCUGCCGCCUUCCUGCUGGUGCUGGUGGUGAUAGGAGCCUAUGUCCCACUGCUGGGACAUGGCCAUGGYAACACGCUGUGGCUGGGAGCAGCAGUGCCAGGACCUCUGGGACAGCCUGGCCCAGGUAAGAACCCCAGCCCCAACUUCUGCCAGGGCCACCCAGAGGUCCAGGCAGCCCUGAAGGUCUUUGUGUCCCCACAGGGGAAUGUGACCAAAGAGGACGGCGUGGCGCAGGGCAGRAAGGUUAAGUGCAGCCUUUGCACCAAAAUCCUGGAGAAGAUACAGGCACUGGCAGGUGACGACCCCGAUGAGGAGGCAUUGGCRGCAGCACUGCGGAAGGGCUGCCGGAAACUGGGCCGGCUCAUGGCCAAGCCGUGCCAGCAGCUGGUGAAAAAGUACAAGGACCAGAUCACCGAGGGGCUUCAGAAUGGGGAUGCACCCCGGAACAUCUGCACUGCCCUGCGUAUCUGCCGGUCCUGAGCAUGGCAUAGCCCCGAGUGCCCCCCAAACCUUGAUGCCCCUUCAGCCUCGAAAUCCCCUCUGUCCAGCCGCCCCCUUCCCCUCCCCCCACACCCCCCUCACCAAUAAAACCCCUCC